UGCGUAUUGAAGAACGUGUUACACCGGAGAAUAUGGCUACGACUGUUGUAAAGGAGGAUGAGUAUAAGAAAACGGAAUCUAAAAAUCCUUUGCGGCAGACUAUUGGGUUGCAAAGCUUGUUGCGAAUUACUGUACUAAGUUUAGCUUGGCUUGCAGGUUUUAGUUCAAGACUUUUUGCAGUUAUUAGGUUCGAAAGUAUUAUUCAUGAAUUUGACCCAUGGUUUAACUAUCGUUCUACUCAUUUUAUGGUGAAGAAUGGGUUUUACAACUUCCUUAAUUGGUUUGAUGAACGUGCAUGGUACCCUUUGGGAAGGAUAGUUGGAGGAACAGUAUAUCCAGGGUUAAUGAUAACAUCAGGAGCAAUUCAUUAUGUUUUGUCAGCACUAAAUAUUACCGUACACAUCCGAGAUGUUUGUGUUUUCCUAGCCCCAAUGUUCAGUGGCCUCACAGCAUUAGCUACAUAUUUUUUGACAAAAGAAUUAUGGAGUGAGGGAGCAGGACUGUUUGCUGCAUGUUUUAUUGCAAUUGUUCCAGGGUACAUUAGCCGGUCUGUAGCAGGAAGCUAUGAUAAUGAAGGCAUUGCCAUCUUUGCUUUGAUGUUUACGUACUACAUGUGGGUACGAGCUGUAAAAAGUGGAACAGUCUACUGGGGUGUAAUGGCAGCUCUUGGAUAUUUUUAUAUGGUAUCAGCAUGGGGUGGCUAUGUUUUUAUAAUCAAUCUCAUUCCACUUCAUAUUUUUGUACUUCUUUUAAUGGGAAGAUUUUCGCAAAGGAUAUACAUAGCAUAUACAUCCUUCUAUAUAAUAGGACUUCUGUGUUCCAUGCAAAUCCCCUUUGUUGGUUUUCAGCCUGUAAGAACAAGUGAACACAUGGCAUCAGCAGGUGUCUUUGUCCUCCUAAACGCCUUUGCCUUGUUAAAAUAUCUUCAGUCAUUCAUGUCACGAGCUGAGUUCAAGUCUUUAUUUCUGUUCGCCUCAGCUGCAGUUGCAGGGAUUGUUUUUAUCAGUGUUGUUAUACUUACAUAUGCAGGUUAUAUAGCUCCUUGGAGUGGCAGAUUCUACUCUCUGUGGGACACUGGAUAUGCCAAGAUUCACAUUCCCAUCAUUGCAUCAGUUUCGGAGCAUCAGCCAACAACAUGGUUUUCAUUUUUCUUUGAUCUUCAUGUUUUGGUGGCUGUCUUCCCUGUUGGUCUGUGGUAUUGUAUCAAGAAUAUUAAUGAUGAGAGGGUAUUUAUUGUUCUGUAUGCUAUAAGUGCUGUUUACUUUGCUGGCGUCAUGGUGAGACUGAUGCUUACAUUGACCCCUGUUGUUUGUGUCCUGGCUGCUAUUGCCUUCUCCAAUGCCUUUAGUCUUUACCUUCAAGAAGAUGAGCCUCCAAAGUCCUCCAGUGGUACCGACAGUGAGAGUGAUGAGAGUGAUGGAGGAGAAAAGAAAGGAAAUAAGCACUUGUAUGAUAAGGCAGGAAAAGUGAGGAAGAUAAAAACGGAUCAGAACAAAGAAAGCAUGGGUCUUGGCACCAAUGUUCGAAGUGUAGUUGUGGUUGUAAUGAUGAUGAUCCUCAUGAUGUUUGCUGUCCAUUGUACUUGGGUGACGAGCAAUGCUUACUCUAGUCCAAGUAUAGUACUUGCCAGCUACAGCUCUGAUGGGUCUCGAGUCAUCCUGGAUGAUUUCCGAGAGGCUUAUUACUGGUUAUGGCAGAACACACCAGAAAAUGCAAGAGUGAUGUCAUGGUGGGAUUAUGGGUACCAAAUAGCUGGGAUGGGUAACAGAACAACAUUGGUUGACAACAACACUUGGAACAAUAGUCAUAUAGCUUUGGUGGGUAAAGCAAUGGCAUCCAAUGAAAGCGAAGCCUAUAAAAUUAUGACUAUGUUGGAUGUUGAUUAUGUUUUAGUUAUUUUUGGGGGAGUGAUCGGUUACUCGGGAGAUGAUAUCAACAAGUUCUUGUGGAUGGUUCGGAUUGCAGAAGGAGAGCAUCCAAAAGAAAUCAAGGAGAGUGACUAUUUCACAGAUCGUGGAGAAUUCCGUGUUGAUGAGCAUGGGUCUCCUACCUUGUUGAACUGUUUGAUGUACAAACUUAGCUACUAUAGAUUUGGUGAACUUCAGCUGGACCUUCGGAGUCCAUCAGGAUUUGAUCGAACUAGAAACGUGGAAAUUGGAAAUAAGAAUAUUAAACUGGAGUAUCUAGAAGAGGCUUAUACUACAGAACAUUGGCUAGUUCGUGUCUAUAGAGUCAAGAAGCAAAGCAACCGUCAACGAAUUCCGUACGGAAACAGAAGAAUUAAACCCAAGAAGAGUUUUAUUUCAAAGAAGACAAACAAGAAGAAGAGAGGUGUUAUUAAAAACAGGCCAGUUGUUGUAAAAGGUAAACGUCCAUCUAGAAGUACCCAGAAGAAUUAGCAGUUUCUGAAAAAAGUGUAUCCUCAGGUGUUGCCUUGCAACCGUAUUGUGGUGCUGCACUAGUGGUCAAGUUUUCCGGUUAGGUAUUUUAAAACAACCAUGAAACUUCAUCCACAUGUAUUUUGUGGAAAGGACAACUACAGUGUUUUGUAAACUGUUGCACUCCUAUGUAUGUCAUUCAGAAAGAGCUUAGCACAGAUCAUCUGCCAGACGUAAUCAAAUGGCAUGUAUAUUUGAAUGAACUAAAUUUUUUGAAGCAUUGUAUAAGUGACAUUCCAGAAGUUGGGACAUCUGUCUAUUCCUGAAACUGAGAAACAAAAACUUUGGAAUGCUACCUUGUUAUUUUCUUCCCUUCUGUGAUUUUUUGUAUUUCAUCUAAAAAAAUAAGUUUUAGAGUUUUUGGAAUUCACACUUGACAUAAUCAGUUCUGUCUAGUGUUUAUGGGAAAAUGGUGUCUUUUUUUUUUUAUUGUAAAGAAUAGAUAUAUUUGUGUAAAGAGUAAUUUUUAGUUUCUAAAACUAAAUUUAACCCAAUAAAACAAUUUUGGACUGACUUGCAUUAGUUACUCAAUACUUUCAUGAUAAGUUUAAUUGUUAGAAACAACAUGAAAUCCAUUUGAACUUUCUCUGACAUGUUUAAACAUUAAAACUAACCAAGUUGAACCAGAUGCUAGUAGCAUUGGUCUAAGAAUUAAUGUAGAAACAAAAUUGAAGCCUUACUGAUUUCUUUAUAAGUUUAUUAAAAACAGUGUUUUUAGUCUUUUGAAAAUAUAAAAAGUAGAGAAAUAACGUUUCUGUGUUUAAAUAAGUUUUAUUUUGACCCUAAAUCUUAGUAUUACAUUUUGCAGUUGAAAAAUAAAUAGUAAUAUGAAUUAA